GCGAUCGCUCCUGCAGCUGUUGCGACUUUGCAUAUUGUCGCAGACCCUGGGCAGAUCACACCUGCAGUAAAAAGGAGUUGUGGCUGAUGCACGCGCUAGCGACUCGCCACACGGACCUGUUAUAUCGUCAUCGUUGAAUAGUCACUCUUCCGUGAACCCAAAAGAAUGGUACGCCUGUACAUCCUCCGGGGCGCCUGAUGACUCCGGCUACCAGUUGAGCAUAUCAUCAAGAUUGAGACGGCCGCAUGUAAAGACAACACGCAUGCGACUAUACGACCCAAACAAUCAUUAACAGACAUGGCAACACUCAGUACGCUGCCUAAUGAGAUCAUCUCGAUCAUCGCCAGUCACUUUGACCGGCCUCGAGAUCUGCUGCACCUUGCCUUGACAAGUCGCCGAUUGUCACAAUUUACGACCUUGGAUGGAUGGAAAGCUCUGCUCAGAGGGCGCUUUCACAUCAAUGGACUAGACACAGAUGCGCGUAACUCCGUACAUGGCUUGGCGACUCUCUACCGCAAUUGGAAUAGAAAAGGUUUCGUCGCCAGAUAUUUAGAGCCCAGCGUCGAGACCAUAAGUUUAAACACAUGGGAGUCUGCACCAUGGAGAGGGCCUCGAGGGCAGACUAUGGGGUACCAGCCCAGCAUCGACAGCUAUGAAGAGACGUUGGGUUCGUGGGAACAGAGAAGAGAGGUUUUGACGUGGUCGGCUGGCACCCAGAUCGUCAUGAGAGUGAAAGAGACGGAGUCGAAGAAAGACUCAGGCAGGAAACAGCACACCACUCGGACCAUCGACUCGUUCGGGCAUGCAAACUGGUGGUAUACAUACAAGGUACCUGACAGUGAUGAAGGAAGAGAUGACAUUACGAGUCUACGGCUCCUUCAGCCACAUCAGAAAGAGCAAGGUUUCGAGUCAAUGGUUUUCGGCACAGCUUCUGGGCAGCUUGCAAGACUUGAUGUCGAUCCACAGCAAUCUCAGACAAUCGAGCAAAACUUCGACACUCUCGAUCGAUCUGUUGGCGCUCUGACUGUUUCCUCCUCCAGUACACCACUACUGGCUGCCACUCUUGGGGAUGCUUUACUUUCCCUCUUCCCACUGGAUUGCGACGUAUCAGAGCACGCCGUGGAAGCCGUAUCAGAGGUGACACCGAGCAUUCACGGGGCUCGCACUGGUCGAAUUUGGUCUUGCAAGUUCCUGUCAGAAGACAAAGUUGCCAUCGGUACUGGUCCAUCCAGCGCGCCGAUUCAAGUGUACAAAAUCACAUCGGACGGCUUUCUGUCUGAACCCUACCGGUCUCUCACGCUAGGCACAUCGCGAACAUCGCAAACCUCUAUCUACCCAACAAUUCCUGUAUCAAGCCGCACCCAAGGCGGAUCAGAAGCCGGCAACGUUUUUUUGUCAGGCGGGUACGACGGUAUCGUACGACUGCACGAUCUACGCUCAUCCCGAGACGUCGAGAGCCUCUACUGGGAUCCUACAAACGACUCCUCAAUCUACUCUCUCGCCACACAAGGCCUCGAGCGCAUCGUCGUAGGCGUUUCGAUGCACAGCAUGCUCAAAGUCUUCGACAUGCGUCUUGCCGGGUCACACGCCUACCACAGCAUCUCCUUUCCAAAAGAGAAAAGCGUUAAGCCUCGGGGUCACGACUAUGCCGCCAACGCUAUCGUCAACGAUACAAAGGACGCUGCGAAUGCGAUCUGCGGCGGCUGGAACCUCUAUUUGAACCCUCGUAAUCCACCAAAGCGUGGCGCCUACCGCGAAGACUACUGGCGCAGCCGUGAAGACUCACCGGUGUACAGUCUCUCAAUCCCAUCGGUGACAAGUCUGAACUUGUACGCUGGCCUUGAGGGUACGAUCCAGAAUCUCACGUUCCACGGUAUCGCUGAUCCGUACCCUGAUACCUUGCUUUCACGAACUGUCACCGCAGAUGGUAGCAAGGUGGACGUGACAUCAGCAAACGACCCUCGUGGCGACGCACUCAAUCUAGGCAUGUAUGAGCAAGGCGGCGAAGCAGGAGUGGGCAUGCAUCUGCUAGUCCAGGACGAUAUCACGACCGAGGUCACGCAGAGACGCUUGGUGGGAGAGGAUGCGAAAUAUAGAGGCCUUGAUGAGAGAUGGAAGGACCUGCGAGAUGAGAAAGACAGAUGGAUAAGAGGCGUGCAUCAGAGUCCAAGGCUGAACAAUAGAGGUGGGAGAGGUGGUAGAGGUGGUAGAGGUGGUAGAGGUGGUAGAGGCAGAGGCAGAGGCCGCGGACGCGGCAGUGGAUCGUAAGCGAACAUAAGAUUCAUCAUACUUCAGAGCAUAGCUUUCACCUGCGCACAGCCCAACAGAUGACUUGAAAC